GCUCCUCUGAGGCGGCGCUCGUCGUCCUUCUCCUCCUCGCAAGAUGUCGGCUCUGGCCGUGGCCACGGCGGCGGCCGCCACGGCGGCGGCGGUGACCGCGGCGCGCUCGGAGAAGCCCAGCAGCCCGGGCUCGUCGCGGGGCUUCUACUUCAACACCGUGCUGUCGCUCGCCCGCUCGCUGGCCGUGCAGAGACCUGCGCCGCUCGAGAAGGUCCAAAAGCUACUAUGCAUGUGUCCAGUAGAUAUCCAUGGGAUCUUUCAGCUGGAUGAGCGUCGCAGGGAUGCUGUGAUAGCUUUGGGAAUUUUUCUAAUCGAAUCUGACUUGCAGCAUAAAGACACUCUUGUUCCUUACCUUCUCCAGUUGUUGAGGGGCCUUUCCAAAGUGCAAUGGAUAGAAGAAAGCAAUUCGCGGAAAGCCCGAGGCAUGCUUCCCAUUGCAGAGAACUUCAGCUUCUGUUUGGUGACCCUCUUGUCGGACGUGGCUUACAGGGAUGCUAUCCUGAGAGAGCAGGUGCUAGAGGCAAUUUUGCAAGUGAUGCAGGUCCUGUUGGGAAUGUGCCAGUCUCCACAGAUCCAGGAUAAAGAAUACUUAUGCAAAUAUGCCGUGCCGUGCCUGAUUGGAAUUUCACGAGCAUUUGGGCGCUACAGCAACUCGGAAGAGUCUCUCCUGUCGAAACUUUUCCCUAAAAUUACUCCACAUGCCCUCCGAGCCCCAAGUGAGUUGGACGGGAUCCGAAGACGCUCGUUUAACGACUUCCGGUCAAUUCUUCCGCACUCCCUCCUGACGGUUUGCCAAGAAGGAUCUUUAAAGCGAAAGGCCGGCAGUGUGUGCAGCAUCACACAGGUCAGUCCUGAACGUGGAAUUCCUCCUCCCAGCUCCCCCGGAGGGACUGCUGUGCAGUACUUUGAAGGCUCCUACCUACCUGACGGGAGCGCGGUAGAUCCCUAUUAUUACUUCUCUACAAUCAGUUCCAGCUUCUCAGUUUCACCUCUCUUUAAUGGCAUCAGCAACAAGGAGUUUAACAUUCCACUAGAAAUGCUCCGUCAGCUGCUGAACAUGGUAAAACAGAUUGUUGGGGAUUCUGUACUUAAAAACCUAGAUACAGUUGUCACGGAAGUUACUGAGGUAAAUCCCCAUGCAGAUCUGUUCUACAAAAUGUUCAGUGAUCCUCUAUACGUUGCCCAGUUCAAGAUGCUGAGGGACACGUUGUACUAUAUGAAAGAUCUCCCAACCUCAUUUGUGAAAGAAAUUCAUGAUUUUGUGCUGGAGCAGUUCAACAGCAGCCAGGCAGAGCUCCAGAAACUCCUUCACGAUGUGGAUAAAUUACACAAUGAGCUGAAUCCUCUGAAGUUGCGUUGCCAGGCUAAUGCAGCCUGUGUGGAUCUCAUGGUGUGGGCUGUGAAAGAUGAGCAAGGGGCAGAAAACCUGUGCAUCAAGUUGUCGGAAAAGCUGCAGUCCAAGACUUCCAGCAAAGUGAUCAUUGCUCACUUGCCUCUUCUGAUUUGCUGCUUACAGGGUCUAGGCCGCUUAUGCGAGAGGUUCCCCGUAGUGGUUCACUCUGUCAAUCCAUCCUUGAGAGAUUUCCUUGUGAUCCCUUCUCCAGUUCUGGUGAAACUUUACAAGUACCACAACCAAUAUCAUACAGGAGGCAAUGACAUCAAGAUCAGCAUCACGAACGAGCAUGCAGAAUCCACUGUAAGCGUCAUGUCAGGCAAGAAGAGUCAGGCCUCCAUGUACGAACAACUUCGGGACAUUGCGAUUGAUAACAUCUGCAGGUGCUUGAAAGCUGGCCUGACCAUCGACCCAGUAAUUGUUGAAGCGUUCUUGGCUAGUUUGUCUAACCGUCUCUACAUCUCACAGGAGAGUGACAAGGAAGCCCAUCUGAUUCCUGAUCACACAAUUCGCGCCCUGGGGCACAUUGCGGUGGCACUGAGGGACACGCCGAAAGUGAUGGAGCCGAUUCUUCAGAUCCUGCAGCAAAAGUUCUGCCAGCCGCCAUCUCCUCUUGAUGUGCUCAUCAUUGACCAGCUGGGCUGCUUGGUCAUCACAGGAAACCAAUACAUUUACCAGGAGGUAUGGAAUCUGUUUCAGCAGAUCAGUGUUAAAGCAAGUUCAAUUGUUUACUCUGCGACUAAAGACUACAAGGAUCAUGGAUAUAGACACUGUUCCUUAGCUGUUAUCAAUGCCCUGGCGAACAUAGCUGCAAAUAUACAGGAUGAACACCUUGUGGAUGAACUACUAAUGAACCUGCUGGAACUGUUUGUGCAACUUGGGCUUGAAGGGAAGCGAGCCAGCGAGAGGGCAAGCGAAAAGGGUCCAGCCCUAAAGGCAUCUAGCAGUGCGGGAAACCUGGGAGUGCUGAUUCCUGUUAUUGCUGUGCUCACAAGACGCUUGCCACCCAUCAAAGAAGCUAAGGCCAGGUUACAGAAGCUCUUCCGUGACUUCUGGCUGUAUUCUGUGCUCAUGGGAUUUGCUGUGGAAGGCUCAGGGCUUUGGCCAGAAGAGUGGUAUGAGGGGGUUUGUGAAAUAGCAACCAAGUCGCCACUUCUGACAUUUCCUAGCAAAGAGCCUCUUCGCUCCGUUCUUCAAUACAACUCUGCUAUGAAAAACGACACCGUCACGUCUGCUGAACUGGGUGAGUUACGGAGCACCAUCAUCAAUCUUUUAGAUCCUCCUCCAGAGGUGUCGGCCCAGAUCAAUAAGCUGGACUUUGCCAUGUCUACCUACCUGCUAUCUGUGUACCGUCUAGAAUGUAUGAGGGUGUUGCGUUCGACGGACCCGGAUCGCUUCCAAGUGAUGUUCUACUACUUCGAGGAUAAAGCUAUUCAGAAAGACAAGUCGGGUAUGAUGCAGUGUGUAAUAGCUGUUGCAGAUAAGGUGUUUGAAGCUUUCCUCUGCAUGAUGGCUGACAAAGCUAAAACGAAAGAAAACGAAGAGGAGCUGGAGAGACACGCUCAGUUCUUGCUGGUGAAUUUUAACCACAUUCAUAAGAGGAUCCGACGGGUUGCGGAUAAAUACUUAUCAGGCCUUGUAGAUAAGUUUCCUCACCUCCUUUGGAGUGGAACUGUGCUGAAGACCAUGCUAGAUAUCCUCCAAACUCUCUCGCUCUCUCUGUGUGCAGAUAUUCACAAGGAUCAACCAUACUAUGACAUUCCAGAUGCCCCGUAUAGAAUUACUGUUCCUGAUACGUAUGAGGCUAGGGAGAGUAUAGUAAAGGAUUUUGCUGCACGCUGUGGAAUGAUUCUCCAAGAAGCCAUGAAAUGGGCCCCUUCAGUCACCAAAUCUCACUUGCAGGAAUAUCUAAACAAACAUCAGAACUGGGUGUCCGGCUUGUCUCAGCACACGGGGCUGGCCAUGGCCACGGAAAGCAUCCUCCACUUCGCAGGCUACAACAGGCAGAACACUACCCUGGGGGCGACCCAGUUAACUGAAAGGCCUGCCUGUGUGAAAAAAGACUACUCCAACUUCAUGGCGUCUCUGAACUUGCGCAAUCGCUACGCUGGGGAAGUAGCCGGGAUGAUUCAUUAUUGCAGUGCCACAGGGUGCACGUCGGAUCUCAACAAGCUCAUGAUCAAACAUCUCAACGAUGCGCUGGUUCCGUGCCAACCACAACAAUACACUCAAGCCAUGUUUAAGCUGACUGCAUUGUUAAUAAGUAGCCGAGACACUGACCCUCAGCUCUUGCACCACCUCUGUUGGGGCCCUUUGCGAAUGUUUACUGAACAUGGCAUGGAAACGGCCAUUGCUUGCUGGGAAUGGCUGCUUGCUGCUAAGAAUGGGACAGAAGUGCCGUUCAUGCGGGAAAUGUCGGGCGCCUGGCAAAUGACAGUGGAGCAGAAAUUCGGCCUGUUCUCUGCGGAGCGAAAAGAAGCCGAUCCGUUAGCGGCUUCGGAAGAGAGUCAGCCCAAGCCGUGUCCCCCAGAGGUCACGCCGCAUUACAUCUGGAUAGAAUUUCUGGUGCAGAGGUUUGAAAUCGCAAAGUACUGCAGCUCUGACCAGGUGGAAAUCUUCUCCAGUUUACUCCAGCGAUCUCUUUCUCUGAACAUUGGAGCAUCAAAGGGCAGCAUGAACCGCCACGUGGCAGCUAUUGGGCCACGUUUCAAGCUGCUGACGCUGGGACUGUCCCUGCUGCACGCCGAUGUGGUUCCAAAUGCAACUAUUCGCAAUGUUUUGCGAGAGAAGAUUUACUCAACGGCUUUCGAUUACUUCAGCUCUGCCCCAAAGUGUCCGACCCAAGGUGAGAAAAGGCUGCGUGAAGAUAUCAUCAUACUAAUCAAGUUUUGGACUGCAAUGUUCUCCGACAAGAAAUAUUUAACAGCCAGCCAGCUUGUGCCUCCUGAUAAUCAAGACACGCGGAGCAACUUGGACAUCACAGUUGGCUCCCGGCAGCAAGCCACACAGGGUUGGAUAAAUACAUACCCGUUGUCCAGUGGCAUGUCAACUAUAUCCAAAAAGUCAGGGAUGUCGAAGAAGACCAACAGAGGUACCCAGCUACACAAGUACUACAUGAAAAGGAGGACGCUGCUACUGUCACUGCUGGCUACAGAGAUUGAACGCCUCAUUACGUGGUACAACCCACUCUCUUCCCCGGAGUUGGAGUUGGAUCAGACCGGAGAGAACAGCGUCGCCAACUGGAGGUCAAAGUACAUCAGCCUGAGUGAGAAGCAGUGGAAAGAUAACGUGAAUCUGGCGUGGAGUAUUUCUCCUUACCUGGCUGUCCAGCUUCCCACCAGGUUUAAAAACACAGAAGCCAUUGGAAUGGAAGUGACCCGUCUCGUUCGUUUGGACCCAGGAGCGGUUUGCGACGUGCCUGAAGCAAUAAAGUACCUUGUUACAUGGCACACCAUAGAUGCUGACGCUCCGGAACUCAGCCACAUCCUAUGCUGGACGCCUACCGAUCCCCCCACAGGCCUUUCGUAUUUUUCCAGCAUGUACCCACCUCAUCCUUUGACAGCUCAGUACGGAGUAAAAGUCCUCCGAUCUUUCCCUCCGGAUGCCAUUUUAUUUUACAUUCCACAGAUUGUACAAGCACUUAGAUAUGAUAAGAUGGGCUAUGUGAGGGAGUACAUCCUAUGGGCGGCCGCCAAAUCCCAGCUAUUGGCUCACCAGUUCAUUUGGAACAUGAAAACGAACAUCUUCUUGGACGAAGAGGGACAUCAGAAAGACCCUGACAUUGGGGAACUAUUGGAGCAGCUGGUUGAGGAAAUAACUGGCUCAUUAUCUGGACCAGCAAAGGAGUUUUACCAACGCGAAUUUGAUUUCUUCAAUAAAAUCACCAAUGUUUCAGCUAUCAUCAAGCCAUACCCUAAAGGUGAGGAAAGGAAGAAGGCUUGUUUGAGCGCUUUGUCCGAGGUGAAAGUGCAACCCGGUUGUUAUUUGCCCAGCAAUCCCGAAGCUAUUGUUUUGGAUAUAGACUACAAGUCAGGAACUCCCAUGCAAAGCGCUGCAAAAGCACCUUACUUGGCCAAAUUUAAGGUGAAGCGGUGUGGAGUCAGUGAACUUGAAAAAGAAGGUCUGCGUUGUCGUUCAGACUCCAUAGACGAAAGCGGAGAAGACGGGGUGGAGAGCAAGAAGAUCUGUUGGCAGGCCGCUAUCUUCAAAGUCGGCGAUGACUGCAGACAGGACAUGCUGGCCUUGCAAAUCAUUGAUCUCUUCAAGAACAUAUUUCAGCUGGUGGGCCUUGACCUGUAUGUGUUUCCCUACAGAGUCGUGGCGACGGCCCCAGGGUGUGGCGUCAUCGAAUGUAUCCCCGAUUGUACAUCCCGUGACCAGCUGGGCCGGCAGACAGACUUUGGGAUGUACGACUAUUUUACAAGGCAGUACGGAGAUGAAUCAACCUUGGCUUUCCAAAAGGCUCGCUACAACUUCAUCCGCAGCAUGGCUGCCUACAGCCUUCUCCUGUUCCUGCUCCAGAUCAAAGACAGGCAUAACGGCAAUAUCAUGCUGGACAAGCACGGGCAUCUCAUUCACAUUGAUUUCGGCUUCAUGUUUGAGAGUUCGCCCGGCGGGAAUCUGGGUUGGGAGCCAGACAUCAAGCUGACCGACGAGAUGGUAAUGAUAAUGGGAGGGAAAAUGGAGGCGACGCCUUUCAAGUGGUUCAUGGAGAUGUGUGUCAGGGGAUACCUGGCAGUCAGGCCUUACAUGGACGCCGUGGUCUCUCUGGUGACGUUGAUGCUGGACACGGGGCUGCCCUGUUUCCGAGGGCAGACAAUCAAGCUCUUGAAGAACCGAUUCAGCCCCAACAUGACGGAGCGAGAAGCAGCGAACUUCAUCAUGAAGAUCAUCCAGAGCUGCUUCCUCAGCAAUAGGAGUAAGACCUACGACAUGAUCCAAUACUACCAGAACGACAUCCCCUACUGAACGCAGGGACAUCCUGGAGGUGGAGGGAUGAGAAGGAGGACCCCGAGCCCUUCAACCUUCGUUCCAGCCUCGAAACGUGAAUUCCGAUGUCACAAUGUACUGCCUCCAAACAAUCCCGUGUGUGUGCGUGUGCGUGCAUGUGAACGUGGGUGUCCCCUUUUUACCGGACCUUGGAACAAUCAACCACUCGUAACUAGUUCCUUUUAGCUUAACUGGGGUGUCUGCGUUCCUUGAUUACGGAGGAGUUGGCUGCAAUCGCAGACCUAAAAAUCCGGUUGCCGCUACGAGUGUGUGGAAAACGGAUGACUGUGUUAGUUGUCGAGCAAUGCAAGGAUUUUCUUUCUUUUUAUUUGAAAGCAAGAACCCUUAAAAUGCCCGCUCUGUAGAAUCCGAUGGACGUCAGGUGCUCUGGAGCCCCUGUUCAGAGCCAUGAAGAAGCAGUCGGUUGCUUUGGAAGAUGCUGUAGAAAUUGUAACGAUAAUCGUCCGUUCAUGGUAGUGUCUGUAUUAAUAUAUCGUACUUUGCACUGUAAAUGGUUCCUGCUCCACGGUCAGUAUUUCGUACAUACAUGAAGAAUGUAUUUUUUCCCCUUUUGUGUGGUUUUAAAGAGAGAAACUCUACUGAAGAUAGAUAUAUUUAAUCUAAAAAAAAAUGGAAUAAAACGAUUUUAGGAUAA